UGAAUUUGGAGGUCGAGUAUGCGGGAUUUGUUUAUUUAUGUAGUACAUUCCUGAUAGGAAAGAAGAGCUUUGAUUGGUAGAAAAUAUUUUCAGUGUUUGCAUGUGUGGUAUGUGAAUUACGUGUGUAAGUGAGUUGAGAGUAGUGAGGAGUAUGAGUCGGUAGUGCACACGGACACAUUUCAGUCACGGGUUCACCCACGGAGAUUUUGUAUGAUAUAGGUAUAGACUGAGUGGAAAUACUGAAGGCGGGAGGUACGAGGACCAGCGAGUUUAGCCGACGCGAAAUACCCGACAAUUGACGAGGCGUCGAGGGGCCGGAUAAGGGAGACAUUGGCUGUUCUCAUGGGUGUACAGCUUCCCCUUUCUCAUUUUUCUCGAGCAAUCGAUAUAUAUAUUAUUCCGGCGAAUAAUUAUUUCAAUUUAGAUUUUUUUUCAUUUUAAAAAUAAAUUCCAUCCGUAUCCCUCUAUUUGGGUUUCAUCGAAAUUGAUUCGAUGUCAAUGUCAGUUCCAACCCGCAGCGAGUUAUUAUUAUGUCUACUAUUCAUUAUGUUUUGAUUUGAUAUAUGUAUUUAAAAUAAAAGCAUGAUUUUUACUACACACAUUCAAUUGAGGAGUAAAAGUUGUACAAUAUCUUAUAUGGAUGGAUGGACCAGGUACUAUAACAUGGGAAGAAUUUGUUGAGAAUGCGAAAAGUUUUGCCCGAGUUUCAGAUGAAAUUUUGGACAGUUGGGAACUCCGUGGUGACAAGGAUGUACCUGCUCAGGCUUAUUUAGCACGUCGGGUAAAGACCUUUGUAACACGAGACUACUUAGAUUAUCAGGAUAAUGUCGAAUCUACAAAAAAAUUAAUUAAAAAGGAUGGGCUUAAUGAUGAUGAUGACUUAAAUGCUGUUGAUGAUCCUUUCGAAGCUAAAAACAAUUUAGAAGUCCCAUUUAUCACGGAACAUCACAUACUUUGGUCCAUGAGUUAUAGCGUACCUGUACUAUUCUUCAAUGCUUGGAUCUCUGACUUUCCGGGAGUCAAUCCUAUUAACGUCGAGUUAGCACACAAGCUUGUACAUCACAAUGAUACGAGUCUGGGAUAUACCGAGUUGUCACAGGCGAUUCAUCCGAUUCUCGGUACGCCGUUUCUUCAGCUUCAUCCUUGUAUGUCGAAGGAAUUAAUUCAAAAUACAUCAAAGAGCAAAAAUAAAUUGGUAAGCUGGCUCAGCGCUGUGUCACCUGCUGCAUUAAAUCUACAAAUUGGAAAUGAGUAUUUCAAGCUAACGAAUUCCGAUUAUUAGUUAAUAAUUACUGGAAUUAUUAUGCUGAUAAAAAAUUUUAGUAUCUGAUAAUUCUUUUGAUCAGUUAAAUUGAUUUUAUAAUUAAUUGAAUAAUAUAUUACUCAUAUAGGAAUAUAUGUCAUAGAAGAUCAGAUAUACAUAUAAAUAAAUCAAUCAUUCAUUGCUCUUUCUACAUAUGUACAAAAUAGUACCAGGACAACCGCCAUCGAUGCGUUUGCAAAUGAUGAGAUUAUUGAUCCUAUGAGUGAAUGCGCGUGUCUGUUUUAUCAUUAUACAUAUAUUUGUUACGUGAAUAGAAUCCUGCACUUAGAUUUUUGAAUUACAUGCUGAUAGAUUUGACACAGUAAGAUUUUUUUAAAAAUAAAAUUUCUGAAUUAAUUCUGAAAACGAUAAAAAACUUUUU